CCGGAGCGGCUUUUCGCGGCUUGCCAGAGCCGCAGCGCCGCGGGGGGAGGUGUUCCCAGAGACCGGGGGGGCCGGGCCGGGCCGGGCUGAGCCCUCGCGUCGCCUGGGAGUCGCCUCGGUCACCUCUCCCAGUGUUUUGAAGCUACCCUUUCCGUUGUAAUUUUGACUUGUGGAUUCCAGUGACAGAUCUAAUUUUAAAGUCAUGACAUUUUGCCUGUUACCUGCUUUACCUUCAUCUUUAGAUUCAAUGAUCAGGAAUUUUCACCUUAAUUUAAACUCAUAAUAAAUCCACAAACUGUUGAAAGCACCAUAAAGAUUUAUAUUAAAGACAUGGUUUUCACCCCUCUUCAUCAACGCACAUAAGUUUUCUCUUCUUUCUGGACCCCUAUUUUAUACCACAAUGCAACAAGCUUUAGAACUAGCUUUGGAUCGUGCUGAGUAUGUCAUUGAAAGUGCCCGACAGAGACCUCCUAAAAGGAAAUACCUGUCUAGUGGAAGAAAAUCUGUAUUUCAAAAACUUUAUGACUUAUAUAUUGAAGAAUGUGAAAAAGAGCCCGAGGUUAAGCAGAAAUUAAGAAGAAAUGUGAAUUUAUUAGAGAAGCUUGUUAUGCAAGAGACCUUAUCCUGUUUAGUGGUCAACCUAUACCCAGGAAAUGAGGGAUAUUCUCUGAUGCUCAGGGGGAAAAAUGGAUCAGAUUCUGAGACCAUUCGACUGCCUUAUGAAGAAGGGGAAUUGCUUGAAUACUUGGAUGCAGAAGAAUUACCUCCUAUUUUGGUUGAUCUCCUAGAAAAAUCUCAGGUUAAUAUUUUUCAUUGUGGAUGUGUCAUAGCAGAAAUACGUGACUACAGGCAGUCCAGUAAUAUGAAAUCUCCUGGUUACCAAAGUAGGCAUAUUCUCUUACGACCAACAAUGCAGACUUUAAUCUGUGAUGUACAUUCAAUAACAAGCGAUAACCAUAAAUGGACCCAGGAAGAUAAACUGUUGCUUGAGAGCCAACUGAUCCUCGCUACAGCUGAACCACUGUGUCUUGAUCCUUCUAUAGCAGUAACCUGCACUGCAAACAGACUGCUUUAUAACAAGCAAAAGAUGAAUACACGCCCAAUGAAACGAUGUUUCAAGAGGUAUUCCAGGUCGUCUCUGAAUCGGCAACAGGAUCUGUCUCAUUGUCCACCUCCUCCACAGCUAAAAUUACUUGAUUUCUUACAAAAAAGGAAGGAAAGAAAGGCAGGUCAACAUUAUGAUCUCAAGAUAUCUAAAGCAGGAAAUUGUGUAGAUAUGUGGAAGCGGAGUCCCUGUAAUUUGGCCAUACCUUCUGAAGUGGAUGUGGAGAAAUAUGCUAAAGUGGAAAAGUCCAUCAAAUCUGAUGACUCACAACCCACAGUCUGGCCAGCCCAUGAUGUAAAAGAUGAUUAUGUAUUUGAAUGUGAAGCUGGUAAUCAGUAUCAGAAAACAAAGCUGACCAUUUUGCAGUCACUUGGUGAUCCACUUUACUAUGGUAAAAUACAGCCGUGUAAAGAAGAUGAAGAAAAUGACAGCCAGAUGUCUCCAUCCCACUCCUCCACAGAUGAUCAUUCAAAUUGGUUUGUUAUUGGAUCGAAGACUGAUGCUGAGAGGGUAGUCAAUCAGUACCAGGAAUUGGUCCAGAAUGAAGCCAAAUGUCCAGUCAAAAUGUCACACAGCUCCAGUGGCUCUGCCAGCUUGAGCCAGCUUUCUCCAGGGAAAGAAACAGAACAGCCUGAGACUGUGUCAGUUCAGUCUUCAGUAUUGGGAAAGGGAGUAAAACAUCGACCUCCACCCAUCAAACUUCCCUCAAGCUCAGGAAAUAGUUCUUCAGGUAACUAUUUUACACCACAACAGGCCAGCAGCUUUCUAAAAUCUCCAACUCCUCCUCCUGCUUCCAAGCCACCAAGUCUUUCUCGGAAGUCAUCUAUGGAUCUCAAUCAAGUUAGCAUGCUUUCUCCAGCUGCCCUGUCACCUGCCAGCUCAUCACAAAGAUCUGGAACUCCUAAGCCAUCUACUCCUACACCAACCCCUUCAUCGACCCCACACCCUCCUGAUGCUCAGAGCUCAACUCCUAUUACCCCUUCAGCCACCCUUACUCCCCAAGAUUCAGGCUUCACCCCUCAGCCCACUUUGUUAACUCAGUUUGCUCAGCAGCAAAGGUCUCUGAGCCAGGCAAUGCCUGUAACGACCAUUCCUCUUUCCACCAUGGUAACAUCCAUAACUACAGGAACCACGGCCACCCAGGUCAUGGCAAACUCUGCUGGACUUAACUUCAUCAAUGUAGUGGGCUCUGUUUGUGGAGCUCAGGCUUUGAUGAGUGGUUCAAAUCCUAUGCUGGGCUGUAACACUGGUGCCAUAACUCCUGCAGGAAUAAACCUGAGUGGCCUUCUACCCUCAGGAGGUCUGCUACCAAAUGCAUUGCCCAGUGCAAUGCAGGCAGCUUCUCAAGCAGGUGUUCCUUUUGGAUUAAAAAAUACUUCAAGUCUCAGGCCUUUAAAUCUACUCCAGCUUCCAGGUGGCUCACUCAUUUUUAACACUCUGCAGCAGCAGCAACAGCAGCUCUCUCAAUUUACACCACAGCAGCCUCAGCAACCCACAACUUCUAGUCCUCAACAACCAGGGGAGCAGGGUUCUGAACAAGGUUCAACCAGUCAAGAACAGGCCUUAUCUGCUCAGCACGCUGCUGUUAUUAACCUUGCUGGAGUAGGAAGUUUUAUGCAGUCACAGGCAGCUGUGUUGUCUCAGCUUGGCUCUGGCGAGAACAGACCUGAGCAAAGCCUUCCUCAGCAGAGAUUCCAGCUCUCCUCUGCCUUUCAACAGCAGCAGCAACAGAUACAACAGUUGCGAUUCUUACAGCAUCAAAUGGCUAUGGCAGCAGCAGCAGCACAAACAGCUCAGCUACAUCGGCAUCGGCAUACAGGCAGCCAGUCAAAAAGUAAAAUGAAGAGAGGCACGCCAACCACUCCAAAAUUCUGAGUCUUGCUUAUUUUUUUUUCCUCUUUUUUAAAACCAUAAGAGCAUUGAAUCAAAGGAUUCUUGAGUUUCUACUUCAUUUUUUUUUUAAUGUCAGUAUUUUACAUUGUGAAAUGUACAAACUUUAUACAGAAGCACAACCCUAUGAUUUUUAAUUAAAAACAGGGAAAUGGUCUAACAAACCAUUAGGGUUGGUUUGCCUAAGUCAUUGCUUUUUAAAAAGUGGUCUCACUGUACAUACUACAUAUGGAAGUGACCUAAGAAAAAUACUAGAAACAUCUUUCUGAAGAAUGUAGUUUGAUAUUUAUUUAGUAUAAAAGGUUUGUGCACAGUGUAAGAAAUACAGUUUUUACAAAUCCGUUUUGAAAA